CGUCACUCCGUCAGUGAAAAAGAAUGCAUGGUGUACAUCUUACACUGCUCGAGCUCAACGUUUCUAGAGUCACAAGAACAAAAUUGAAUUAAGAGGAACUGAACGUGACCUGCGAACAAUUUGUCAAAACACCCAUACCAAAAGUCGAUGCAGACAGAGCUGAUCUGAUAUCGUCAGUCCAACAUCUACACUGACAGAUUAGUCCAAAGUCCAGUAAAUCAGCUGCAUCUUAUCACAAAUUCCAGCUGGUGCACAUCACAACUGCUAGGUCGGUCAUCUGGAACCCUAUAUAUAUACAUAGCACUUUACCAAAUCUGCUUGUCACCUGAAAAAGGAAAUUCUGAAGUAUCAUCAGAUCCAGAGGCAUGAAGAACACAGUCGUCGCUCUUGCGGCAUGUCUGAUGCUACUUGCACUCUUCAUCACAACAGCCACUGCCUCACUGCCAUGUCAAUGCUGCUGGAUAGUGCAGCAUCUGACGGUGACCUGCGGCCAUGCUUGCUGCGGCGAAAACUGCUGCCCACCCACCCCGCCGCCGUCAGCACGUUGCAACUUUCAAGAACAUCCUCAGGCCUGUUCAUAGAUCAUGAACGAUAUGAUGAUAUAAAAUAAAGUCAGCUGGAAUGUUGUUGUCCCCCACUGCUCUUUUGUGAGCAUGUUAUGUUUGCUGCUG